AUGACAGCCGGGACCGUGGUCAUCACAGGUGGAAUAUUAGCGACUGUCAUUUUGCUCUGUAUCAUCGCUGUCCUCUGCUACUGUAGGCUCCAGUAUUACUGCUGCAAGAAGGAUGAGUCCGAGGAGGACGAGGAGGAGCCCGACUUCGCCGUGCACUCCCGCAUCCCGCCGCUCCACUGCAACCGCAACGUGGUGCUGACCAACGGGCCCUCCCUCUACUCCUCCUCCUCCUCCCCCUUCGGCAAAAAACCCGCACCCGGCCGGCCCAGCUGCCCCAGCUGCACCCCCUACGAGCCCCCCACCUUCUUCCUGCAGGAGCCCCCCGAGGACCUGCACAACGGGGGGGACCGGGUGAGCUACAAGGCGCUGAGCCAGGAUCUGGAGGAUCUGGACCUCCCGGUGAGCGUGGGCAACCUCAACCCCAUGAACCCCAUGAACCCCAUGAACCCCAUGGCCCUCAACCCCAACCGCCUCUCGGCCAUGCGGGAAGCCUUCUCCCGCAGCCGCAGCAUCAGCACCGACGUCUGA